CACCAAAUUCAUUUAACUUGGAAUACAAUAAUUUACUUUUAAUAGAUCAAAUCUUUUAAAAUUUGUCUGCCUGUAUUGGGAGUAUAUAUUUAUAGAAUCUCAGAAAGCUGCAACCCACAUCUCCAUAUUCUUUCUCCUUCUCCAUUUUUUCCCAACUUUGCAACUGUGGUUUUCUUGAAACUAUUUUGGGCUUCUGAGUCUGGAAUGCAAUUCUUGGCUGGAAUACAAAUCUGGGUUCUGCUGUUCUUGCUGCAAAAUUUCAUCUUGUGGGGUUUUCUUUGAAUAAAAUUAAAGCUGCAGCCAUGCCUACUCUUGUUGAUUAUAGCGGUGAUGAUGAAUUCUACAAUGGAAGUUCAUUGUGCUCCUCAGACUUGGGGAUUAUGUUAUCCCUUGGUCAUGUGAAUGUUUACUGCCCUCCUAGAAAGCGGGCACGAAUUACAGGCCCAUACGUUGUUGAAGACAACGAGGAGAAGAAGCCAUCUAUCGAAAUUCUUCCGGAUGAAUGUUUAUUCGAGAUCUUUAGACGAUUGCCCGGAGGUCCCGAAAGGAGUGCUGCUGCUUGUGUUUCCAAGCGCUGGCUCAUGCUCUCGGGUAGUGUUCGAUGCACUGAAAUUUGCAGGAGCACGAAUCGUGAUGUUACGAUGGGCAUUGCUGAUGAAGAUUGUGAAGGAUACCUUACGAGGUCUUUGGAAGGGAAGAAAGCUACUGAUAUUAGGCUUGCAGCGAUUGCAGUUGGGACUUCAAGCCGUGGAGGACUGGGGAAGCUUUCGGUCCGAGGGAGCAACUCUGCCCGAGGAAUUACUAAUGUCGGUUUAUCAGCUAUAGCUCACGGUUGCCCUUCCCUCAGGGUCCUGUCCCUUUGGAAUGUCCCUUCGGUUGGAGAUGAAGGCCUUUUAGAGAUUGCAAAGGAAUGCCAAUCGUUGGAGAAGCUGGAUUUAUGCCAGUGCCCUUCGGUUUCCAACAAAGGUCUCGUUGCAAUCGCUGAAAAUUGCCCUAAUUUGACCUCGUUAACAAUCGAAUCUUGCCCAUCUAUCGGGAACGAGGGGCUACAAGCUAUUGGAAGAUGUUGUACUAAGUUACAAUCUGUUACCAUCAAGGACUGCCCUCGAGUUUCAGAUCAGGGCGUUGCGAGUCUGCUAUCUUCAGCUUCCAUGGUCUUAACGAAAGUGAAACUUCACGCUUUAAACAUCACGGAUUUCUCGCUUGCUGUCAUUGGACAUUACGGGAAGGCAAUUACCUGUCUUAAUCUCAGUGCACUUCAUAAUGUAAGCCAGAAGGGGUUUUGGGUCAUGGGGAGUGCUCGAGGCUUGCACAAUCUGGCUUCUUUGACGAUUUCUUCGUGUCGGGGGACAACCGAUGUGAGUCUCGAGGCAGUGGGAAAGGGUUGUCCGAGCCUAAAACAGAUGUGUAUUCGCAAGUGUUUCUUUGUGUCUGAUUUUGGAUUGGCAGCCUUCACGAAAGCCGCCGUAUCCCUCGAGAGUUUGCAGUUGGAAGAAUGCAACCGGAUCACGCAAACGGGUAUCGUGAAUGCGGUUUCUAAUUGCAGCAAACUAAAGACUCUGUCUGUGUCCAAAUGUAUGUCUGUUAAGGAUCUACCUCGACAAACUUCAUCGUUGUUGUCUCCUUGCGGGUCUCUUAGAUCCUUGUCCAUUCGAAACUGCCCGGGUUUCGGUAGCACUAGUUUGGCUAUGGUGGGCGAGCUCUGCCCGCAGCUACACCAUCUCGAUCUCGGUGGCCUUUGUGGAAUCACGGACGCCGGUCUUCUCCCGCUAUUGAAUAGCUGCGAGGCCGGGCUCGUGAAGGUGAACCUCAGCGACUGUCCAAACUUGACAGACGAAGUCGUGUUAGCCCUUGUUAGGCUGCACGGUCACACGCUCGAAGUGCUGAAUCUCGAUGGCUGCCAGAAGAUUACGGAUGCGAGCUUGAUGGCAGUUGCUGAUAACUGUAGUCUGCUUAAUGAUCUCGACGUUUCGAGGUGCUCGAUUACUGAUUCCGGGGUUGCUGCUUUGUCAUGUGGCGUGCAAAUAAAUUUGCAGAUACUUUCGUUGUCGGGUUGCUUUAUGGUCUCGGAUAGGAGUGUUGCUUCUCUUCAAAAAUUAGGGAAGAGUCUAGUCGGUUUGAAUCUCCAACGCUGCAGCUCUUUGGGUAGCAGUGCAAUCGAGCUCCUCGUGGAGAACAUGUGGAGGUGUGAUAUAUUAUCCUAGCUCGUGAGCCUAUAUAUAAACGCAUUACAUUGAGAUGGCAUUCGGUUUAGAAGCAGUGAUCUUACUGAUCGAAUCAGCUCCGAGGAUUAGAAAGUGUACAUGUGAGCGGUUUUUACCCAAUCGAAUGAAUCGAUUCUGGGUUUCAUGAUAUGUUGGUGGCUUGGUUGUUUUCCAAGAGGCGAUGGCAUUCGACUUUUUUCACCAUUUUUGCAGGCUUCGUCGAAAAGGCCUGCUGUAACCCGUUUUGGUCUCCUCCGGAGGCUCUCUUUCACAGCCAUGGUUUCCUGACACUAAAGCUACCAUCCCCAACAUUGCGUUUUCGCUCACACGUCAUCUGAAGAUCGAAGGAGCUUGAACCAGAAACCUCAAUUGCGGGUUUUGCUCGAUCUUGCUUCGAACAUUAUAAUGGAUAUCAGUCAGUGCAUUACAUUUGUUUGUCAUGAUAGAGUCUGCUUUGUUUUGUGUGUGUACAUGUGGGAUCUUAGGAAGUGGUUUGCAUAGAACAAUUUGAGGAACACAGGCACCAAAUACUCAGGUUCUGACCAUGGCAAUGAGUUCAUUCUGGUUGUCAUGACAACUUUCCUAGGUUGUUUUUUACCCUUUCAGAAUCUUGGGUUUUUUUUUUAAUGGGAUUUAGAUCCCAUUUUGUUUGGUGCUUUGUUUCUUGCACUGUAAUAUGCAGCCACUUUGGUACAUACAAUGAAGAGAGUUCAAUUCUUAAA